AGUCCGGACACUUUCACCCCCUUCCGGUCCGGACACUUUCCCCCCCUUCCAGUCCGGACACUUUCACCCCCUUCCAGUCCAGACACUUUCACCCCCUUCCGGUCCAGACACUUUCCCCCCCUUCCGGUCCGGACACUUUCCCCCCUUCCGGUCCGGACACUUUCCCCCCCUUCCGGUCCGGACACUUUCCCCCCCUUCCAGUCCGGACACUUUCACCCCCCUUCCAGUCCGGACCCUUUCACCCCCUUCCAGUCCGAACACUUUCACCCCCUUCCAGUCCGGACACUUUCACCCCCUUCCAGUCCGGACACUUUUCCCCCCCCCUUCCAGUCCAGGCCAAUUUUCAGCUUUCAGCGCUAUCACACUUUGAGUGACAAUUGCGCGGUCAUGCAACACUGUACCCAUAUGAAUUUUUUUAGCAUUUUUUUG